AUGGGACGCCAUUGGUUUCCAGAGAAGAAUGUCUGUGCAGUGUUUGGAAUCAGACAGCCAAUCAGGAACCGGUCAAUUGAUCUGUCAAUCAAAUGUGAGGAACAGAAUUCCUACCUCCUGGCGUUAGAAACCAAUGCUGAAUACGAAUGGUUAAAAACCAACUUAAUUGAUAUUCAGACAAACGAUAUCUGGCUCGGAGGUACAGAUCACGUGACCGAAGGAAGGUGGACAUGGAUUCACAACAACAGCCCGUGGUCCGUUACCUACUGGGCUGCAGGGGAGCCAAAUGAUUCAAAAGGAACUCUUAACUGUGCCAUACAAAAGCAGAACGACGGAUUGUGGUACGACAGAAGUUGUGGGGAGGCGCAUGCUUACGUGUGUGAACAUGCUCAAAGCAAUAGUUGA